GGAGAGCCGAAAGGACGUCUUUUCUGUCUGCUGUCAUCGAGCGGACCUCAAAGCUGUAUGGAUACACACCUGCACUGCGUCCCAGCUCCUCCGGGGAGACACCUGCUGAUAUGACAUCACAUCUCGAUGAGGACGGCGGGGAGACUUCAACACUGACGGCAGAAGCACAGUCUAUUGCAACACAGACCGCCAUGGUGCCGUCGGCCAGACUUAGACCUGCAGUUCCUGUGAAGGGAGAAGCAUUUGAUCGGGUCAGCAGCUCCUCUGCACAUGCACAGAGUGUUGCCAAAGCCAAGUACGAGUUUCUCUUCGGAAAGACAGAAGACGAAAGCUCAUCAGAUACUGUCGCCUCUCCAACCCAAGAGAAACAGGAAAGCGGCUCAGGUCUUGAGUCCGCUCUUGAUGAUGAUGACAUUGACGAGACGUCGCUCUUCCAGGAAAUUGACAGGGAGCUGUCAAACCUAUUGAGCGGCCUGACCGCUCGGAGUCAGCAUGCUGCGGCCGAAGAGGACUCGACGUCAGGAGACACCGCCGCCGCCUCACCCAUGAUCCCCUGCAACGGGCAAAACGAAACCCCGCCGUCACAACUGGAUAUGGCCAAGCAGGGCCUGGACAUUCAGAACGGCCAGUCCGAGUUAGCAGGAGACUCCCUGCUGUUUGACUCGUGGUGCGAGGCGCUCAUAAAGGACCCCAGCUCAGUUAUGGCGGCCGCAAACGAGCUGAGCUGCUUCAGCUCUGGGCCCAGUCGAGACCCCAGGAAUGCACCGGCCAGCCAAAAUAAACCUGACGCCAGCUCAACUCGAGCUGCAGCACAUGUGGAGCAGCCCUCAGAGGUGCCCUCCCAAGAAAACGCUGGAAAGGAGAUGGAGGGCAAGAGGGUCGAGUCACCCUCGCCCAGUAGGACGGACGACGACCCCACGGCAGAACUGGUGGAUGAGUCUCUAGAGGAAUCCAAUAAAAUUCUGGCCAAGAUCCCGGGCAUCUUCAGCGUCUUUCUGGAGGGGGGCAAACUGCGGGACAAGCCGCUGAAGAAGCUGCGGUUUGUGGAGAGCAGGGAGAGCCUCGUGAACGGAGAGAUGCAGAACGGAACGUACCAGAGCUGCAGCGUGAAAGAGGAAGUGACUCUGGACGCGCAACAUACAGAAGCCACAGGAGUGCCACAGGGGCGUGUGCUGAGACCCGAUCACAAUCCAGCAGAGAACGGCUCAGACAGGUACAGUACCUCUGCAUCGCAUCCUGCUGCAGGUGAGAGUGACGCCACAGAUGUCUUCAGCUGCCAGUUUGAGAUCAUCCUGGAGUCGGAGCGUCUGCAGGGGACUCUCUACAGUAGCAUGGACAAUCUGUCCAACCCUGCACCUGAACCCAGCUCUCACAGCGCUCCAGGAGCCUCGUUUGCCUUCGACAUCCCCCUCACUCCCAUGAUUCAGCAGCGACUCAAGGACAGAAGUCUGUUCCUGAGCUCGGACGCUGAGGUGCUGAGCGUCACCGCCACAGAGCAGAGCGGCAGGGCAGCUCUAGAGGUGACCUCUUCGUUUCUCUCAGCGGGCUGCGAGGAUGCGGGAGCAGCUCUAGCAAACGGUUUAAACGACAAGGACUCCAGAGACUGGCUGCAGGGCUGUUUAAGCAGCGAUGCAGGGCUAAAUGACGUGCUGUCAGACUGGGACUCAGACAUGGAUGGUGUGGAGUGUCUUAAGGACACAGAUGUUCUCCACAAUGGCAGCCGAAGUGACCAGGAAGCUGCCCGACGUCUGGCCAGGCGGCUGUACCACCUGGAAGGCUUCCGGCGCUCGGAUGUCGCCAAACAUCUGGGCAAGAAUAAUGACUUUAGUAAGAUGGUUGCAGAAGAGUACCUCAAAUUCUUUGAGUUUACAGACAUGACAUUGGACCAGUCACUCAGGUACAUCUCAUAUGGAGUUCAUUGCCUUACCUGUGCGCUAAUGCUGCUCAACACUGACCUUCAUGGCCCAAAUAUCGGGAAGAAGAUGACGUGCCAGGAAUUCAUCAAUAAUCUGGAUGGACUCAAUGGAGGACAAGAUUUCCCCCGGGAGCUGCUGAAGUCGUUGUAUAACUCCAUCAAGAAUGAGAAACUGGAAUGGGCAGUUGAUGGAGAUGAGCUGAAGAAGUCUCUGUCUGAGCUGGCGGAUAAGAACCAUCACUCUCACACUAAGAGCAUCAGUCGCAUCAGCAGCAGCAGUAACCCGUUCCUGGACAUUGCCCAUGACCCCAACGCUGCUGUCUACAAAACUGGCUUCCUGGCCCGCAAAAUCCACGCUGACAUGGACGGGAAGAAAACACCGAGAGGGAAACGUGGCUGGAAGACCUUCUAUGCUGUUCUGAAAGGCAUGAUCCUCUAUUUGCAGAAGGAUGAGUAUAAGCCGGAGAAGGCCCUGUCAGAGGACGACCUGAAGAACGCCAUCAGCGUGCAUCAUGCUCUCGCCAUCAAGGCGAUGGACUACGAGAAGAAGCCCAAUGUUCUCAAACUCAAGACUGCUGACUGGAGAGUGUUCCUCUUCCAGGCCCAGAGCCCUGAGGAAAUGGAGUCCUGGAUCAGAAUAAUCAACUCGGUGGCGGCCAUGUUUUCCGCCCCAUCCUUCCCCGCUGCCAUCGGCUCUCAGAAGAAAUUCAGCCGUCCGCUGCUGCCGGCGACCACCACCCGCAUGUCUCAGGAAGAGCAGCUCAAGUCCCACGAGGCCAAGCUGAAGCACGUCUCUACAGAAUUAGCCGAGCACAGAUCCUACCCGCCGGAUAAGAAGGUCAAAGCCAAAGAGAUCGAUGAGUACCGCUUGAAAGAGCACUACCUGGAUUUUGAGGAGAGCCGUUACGAGAUGUACGUCAAGCUCCUGAAAGAGGGUGUGAGAGAGCUCUUGACGGCCCGGGACGGUGACGCGGCGCUGAAGAAGUCUCAGUCCAGCCCAUCUCUCAACCAGGAGUCCCAGCCGGCCGCCGCUAAAGUCAAGCGCAACACGUCCGAGCGGAAGGACUACCGGCCCGAAACACCCAAGAUCACAUAGACAGUCUCCUGCUUCCUCUCAGAGAGCCACUGUAUAAUAUUUGGAUGUCAUUUAUUUAUCUGCCGACAGUUGUAUCAGAAAACAUUUGUGUAAAAUGUAAAUUGAUCAAUUGAUUGGAAGCUGUAAAUCCCUAGGUCUCCCUUGUGGAGCAAAUAGUGUGUUUUUUUUUUAUUUGUUAGCGUGUAAUGGUUUUGCGGUUGCACUUUAUUUUACAGUACAUGCGCUUGCAGAAAUGACUGAGUAACAUCAGGUAACUACAGCGGUUUAGGGUUAACACCUACUGUAGUUAUUACCCAGUUAUUGUAAUUGCUAGAGUGUGUACAUGCGCAACAGGACUGUAAAAUAAAGUGCCGCUGAUUUCGCUCUGAGAACAUGAACGUCUCUUGAUUGUGCUGUUCCCCUAAAUUUGCUUUUCCUUCAAGUGAAGUGGAAACAUAUGCUCGGCAGUAGCUCAGAGCGAGUUAUUUUACUAGACUAAUAAACAGCAGAGAGAUGCAUGGGUAUGAUGCAGGAUUUAUCACGAUAGCCUUUCGUUUUUGUUGCGGAUGUAAUCCACGACCGAUGUACUAACCACCUUCGCGCGCGCAUUAAUGGAUCGUACCAGCAUGUCACAGCAAUGGACCCAGACUCUAAAGAGAUUAUUUUCUAAUGAUGAUUUCGAGGUACUUGCUGAGUUACAGCAUUUCAGACUGCAAGAUUAGAUGAUGUUCAUGCUAACGUCAUCGGCUGCGCAGUUUGUGCCAUUUAUUUUUUUAUCUGUUUGUUGAAGUAAAGAGUAUACUUCUGCUUUUUCAGUAGUGUAAAUGCCAAUGCUCUUUUUGUGCAUUUUAUAAUCUUCUAUAUUUGAAUUUUUAAUUCUCAGUUCAGAACAUUAUUGUUGUAAAGAUGCCAGUAGUAUUUAUAGUGCACUUUAUUAGUUCUUUUGACUCUUUUAGAGAGCUUUAUAAAGGGUAGUGAUAUGUUACUUCAUUAUACAGGUUUUUCAAGCGUAACCAAAUCUGUGUUUGGUUUUAUUGAAGGUACAGUUUCACUCGUGUAAAGUCGUGUUAGUUUGUCUGUGCUCCUGUGUUUUUGCCGUCAUGUUUAGGUUGUUCGAAUGCAGAGGUUUCUUGAGGAAUUGAGAGCGUUUCAGUUACUUUUUUCGUGAUGCUUGCUAACCUUGAAUUUAAGAUUCAUUUUCAUUACAGAAACAAACGUCGUGAACACUAUAUGAACGUUCGACACUGUUUUUGCACACCAAACAAAGCCGGAUCUAGUUACUUAUUUGAACUUUCGAAGGUUUCAAAGGAAUCUAUAUGAAAAGCUUUUCACAUUUACAGAUACUAGUUUGAGUCCCUUCUCGAGUUCCCGUCUAUAACGACAUUUUGUUUACUUGAAGUAUUUUUAAGGACACUUUAUUUUAUGUUAGAAUUUGACAAAUAGAGAGGAUCAUAUCUACAUUGUGCUUUUGUGAUUACAAGCUCUUUCAGCAGACUUUAUAUUGUUUCUGUCUUGUUUUUUGUAUUUUUUCUCUCGCUGUGAAAUUGCAGGACGAAUUAUUUCUCUUGUCCAGUUCUGAACACAGAAGCACUUAGAUGAUGUUUAUUUUUAUUUAUUUGUUGCUAAUUUUAGAACAAAAGUUGCAUUACUUUUGAGCAGUAUAUACACACUUAAUAAUGCAUACUACAAACUGUCAUCAGUAUGAAUGGUGAUAUGAAGAGAUCGACUCUUCCUUUUAUGUGCUACCAUGUUUCAUGUUGUUUGAUGUUCGCCGCUUUUCCAGACCGAACAUGUAACGCUGGCACUAACCCUUUAACAGUGCACGUCCUACACAGACAUAGUACUUUAAAAUAGUAAUUGCAUUUGUUAUUAUUUUUCAUAGGAUGCAGAAAACAAUAAAAUAAAAUAAAAAAGUCAGACGAAGUGUAACAUAAAGAUAUGGGCAUGCAAGUGCACUUUAGGGUUUCAAAAUAAAAACAAUAACUCAAAUGAAAAAUCAUCCAAAAGUGAGACUUGCCUAAUCUCAAGCUUUGAAAUAUCUUUCUUUGUCAUAACAAUAUUUUGACUGGAACACUCACUUUGUUUUUGACUUUUGUUUGUCGGUCUCCUGUGUGCAAAUCAUGAUUACAGUUUUCCUCCAGCCUUGUCAUCGUUGUGCGUUUACUUUGGCGAACCCUGUAAUGUAGGAUCUCCUCUCAAAAUGCAGUUGUGUGAGUACUGAAGGAGAGCAGCUGGUUUUAAUGCGCCUUAGCCAUCAGUUGGACCGUUUGCUGUCCAAACUCAGAUAUUGUGAAUACCUUUUUUUAGCUGUGAUCCUGUACUACUCCUUUAAAUCUGUAAAUGUUGUUCAAUAUGCCUGUUGCCCUGUUUUCAGAAGACUGGAUGUGUUGGUUGUGAUCUCCUGGCAUGAGCGUGUCUUACGCCUGCCCUCAAAGAUCAGGGACACAAUGUUGGCUUCAGUGAAUAAAAUACUGUAUUUAAUCGUU